AUGGGGCUAAAGAGGUAUGCUCUCCUACGAGAUUGCGGCAUUCCCGACAGCCGGAUUGGGAAGAUCUUGAUGACUUCUACUAGAUUCGUUGGUCUGAGUGUGGAUUCAGUGAAGGCCUACAUAGAACGCGCUGAAAACUUGGAGGUGCCGCAUUCCUCACGCAUGUUCUGGCAGGCAUUCGUUGCAGUCGUCUGCCACAGCAAAGCCACAGUCGAUGCCAAGUUUAGGCUUUACAAGAGCCUUGGAUGGUCUGAAGCCGAGGCUUCCUCCGCAAUCAGCAAGACUCCGAAGCUCUUGCAUCUUUCAGACAAGAUGGUAUAUAAAAAGAUGGAUUUCUUGAUGAAGGAAGUUGGUUGCAAGAUCUCAUACGUCGCCCAUCGACCGGCGCUCCUCACGUACAGUUUGGAACGGAGGUUGAUUCCCAGGUAUCAUGUACUGAGGAUCCUGUUAAAGAAUAAUGUGCCUGAGGGAGAUCAAGACUUUUUCGCUACUGUUAUGGUGCCUGAGGUUAAGUUCUUAAAUAAGUAUGUUCUUCCUCAUAAGGAAAAGAUUCCAGGGAUCCAUGAAGCUUAUGUUGCUGCUUGUGCUGGGAAUGUUAUAAAUUGA